AUGCGUGUUUAUGAAACAUUUAUGAAAAAGCUCAUAUCAAGAAAGAGAAAUUUGAAACAUGAUGAAAACAUCGCUUUGGCAGAAGAGUGUAGAGCAAUCUGCCAAAGGAAGCUUCCACCAAAACUCACUGAUCUAGAAAGAUUUAGUAUUCCUUGUCCAAUUGGUUCACUAACAAUUAAUCAUGAAUUAUGUGACUUAGGAACUAGUAUCAAUCUGAUGCCAUUAUCCAUGAUGAGGAACUUAAAGUGUGGCAAACCAAAGCCAAUACAUAUGACCUUGAUUCUAGUUAAUUGUUCGAUCCCGUAUCCAUAUGGAGUGUUAGAAGAUGUCCUGGUUAGAGUUGAUGGGAUAUUGUUUCCAUCUGAUUAUGUAAUUAUUGACAUGCUUGAGGAUUUGAAAACACCAUUACUAUUAAGAAGAUCGUUCUUAGCAACAGGUAAAGCUCUCAUUGAUGUGGCACUGGGAGAAUCGGUAAUAAUAUUUAACAAAGAAAAUUUUGUCUUCAACAUGUUUGAAGAGUUGAAGCACCACUUGAAAAAUCCUCAGUGCUACCAAGUAAGCAUGGUGAAAGAAAAACCAAAAAAGCUUCAAUGA